UAUGUGUUAUUCGUCCGUCUAUGUGUGAAAGUAAGCCCGAAGAAGUGCCGUUUUUUACGCCCCAAUAGACUCCAAUAGCCUCCCUCCUGCGUUCUUCAUCAAGACUGCAAGACUGCAAGAUUCUCGCAGGAACGAGAUAAUCCACCCACUUGUGACAAACACAAAUAGCAGCUCACCCAAGGUCCGGUGACAAUCCACCUUUUUUUAGCAAGCACGUCCUGGGAAGAGGUUUUUCAGCGAAGAACCGACGUGAACUAAGAAGCAUAGAAGAACUGGUAGAAUCAGCUCAACAAACCAAAGCUCAAGCUGCUAAACUGCAUCCACGAAUCCACAACAAACCCGUAGCCUUUUUUUUCUCUGGGAAGAAGCACAGAGGGGAAGAACGAGGUUCUGUUUGUAGCAUUUCUUUUCUUGAAAGACAAGGAAAGAAAACAAGCAAAAAAGAUGUUUCGAAACACGUUUCAGUCCGGGUUUCUGUCCAUUCUGUACUCCGUGGGCUCAAAACCACUGCAGAUAUGGGACAAGAAGGUAAGAAGGGGGUUCCCAUGCAAGACGUGCAUCAAGAAUAGCUUUUUUCAUGCGGGAAAUGCUUUUGAAAGACCUUCUAUCGCUCGUCUGCAUAGUUCCCAAAAAAAACCUAUCUCAGGUAAGAAACGGUCACAUCAAGAGGUUAACCGACAAUGACAUCCAGAGUUCGGUGUUGGAGAUCAUGGGAACGAACGUUAGCACGAACUUCAUCUCCUGCCCAGCCGACCCGAAGCGAACACUCGGCAUCAAGCUUCCGUUCUUGGUCAUGAUCAUCAAAAACUUGAAGAAGUAUAGUUUGAAGUUGUUAUUUUAUUUUUCCUUUUGACGACGUAAGGAUUAUAUGGAUAUGCUAUAGAACCUGAACUUGUCACGCUGCGCAGGCGCAGCGCAUUACAACUUUGUCGCAGCAGCCCAUUUGUGAUGCAGAAGUGCGAUAGACAAAUGCAUUCUGUGAUACAACAAAAUUGCCGACUACAGGUACUUCACCUUCGAGGUGCAAGUGUUGGAUGACAAGAACAUUCGCCGCCGCUUCCGGGCCUCCAACUACCAGUCCACCACCCGCGUCAAGCCGUUUAUUUGUAUAGUUUGCUAUUUAGCAUUAGAUCGCGCAUGGGAAAUUUUGUGGACCAUAAUGCGGUUGAUAUUUUCUGAUGUUCGCUCCGAUGAGUUGCAUUUGUGAUGCACAUAAUUCCACUUCAAAAACAGGCACGAUGCCAAUGCGAUUGGAUGAAGGAUGGAACCAGAUUCAGUUUAACUUGUCCGAUUUCACCCGCCGCGCCUACGGAACCAACUACAUUGAGACCUUGCGGGUACUUGUGAUUUUCAUUUUGUGUUUGAAAAAAACACGACGCAUAGGCAUUCCAACAAGUUUUUCUAUUGCAUGAAGUCGUCAGUGAUAAAUGACUUUGACAGACUGGGUAGCGCUUGUGUUGAAGAUGAAUUUCUGAUGCGAAAGUAAGCAUAACAAACCCUUUUUCUUUAGGUGCAACUGCAUGCCAACUGCCGAAUCCGCCGCAUCUACUUUUCCGACCGAUUGUACUCCGAGGAGGAGCUGCCCCCGGAGUUCAAGCUCUUCUUGCCGGUCGCGAAGGGGUAAGCAACUUUUUUCUGAUUGUAUUGCGGAAAUCGCAUGACCAGCCUGAUUACGAUUGCUAAAGAUGCAUGACAAAGACAAACGUCAAUGAAGAAACAUCUGGUUUUCUGUGAAUACAGGUGCAGCAUCACAAAUAAUUCACACUUACAGCCAACAAGCCCCGGCUGCGGCACCGGCGGCGGCGUAAGAUCUGACUCUGUCUACGAUAGAAAAGUGUGAAGAUGCAGAGUUGUGGUAGAAGCUGACGGAGCGUUGCAAUUUCAUGAAGAACAACAUUGACGGGCACCACAGAGGAUUUCUUUCGAUGAAAAAUCUAUCUACUACAACGGAAAAAAUUGGAACAAAUUGUAUCGACGGAAGAAAGAAGCAGAAGGGAGCAUAGGGAAAAAGACAGAAACCAGAGGUAGGUACACGAUUUGAUUUCUAUCUGCCCAUUGGUAAUUGUAGAAUGAAAACGUAUGGAAUAUCUGUGCAAACGUAAAUUGUAAGCGUAGCGUCCGACGAUGACGAAUUGUGACAAGAAUACAUUAUCAGGUACCAAAAACGACUGCAAGACGAGAAAGACAAAUUACACGAUGAAGCAACCGAAUUGCUUCAAGCGCUUCUCGUUUCAUCUCGAUAACAAGCUGCGGUUUAUGGUACCGUGAAAAUACCGAUUGGUGUCAGGGCCUUCAUCUGCUGGAAAAAAGAUGUCACGACAACUGCAGCAGCAACACACUUUCCACCCGCUCCACUUCUUUCACACCAAGUAACACGGACUUCUUCCAACUGGAACAACUGACGAGAAAGAAGAAAGUUCCUUCGUGCGUACAAAAAAAAUCUGCAACAAAAUCUUCAUGUAAUUGGGACCGUUUUGCCAGCGCUAUCCUGCUCAUCACAAAGCGUUACAAUAUUCUUGUAAAAACACCAGAGCACUAAUUUUUUACAGUAGCAGAUCAGACACUCGUAAAUCAGGUUUCUAUUCGCGCAAAAGGUUUCAGUAUGGCUUUUACUCUAAUAUCAGACACACAGUUUACUAGCAGAUAAUCAUCAGACACAAAAAAUCAGGUUUCGCUAGCAAAGGCUAAGAGCACAGUUAAUUUGGUAUAGAAUCAGACAAGAAGAAGCGAGCCUGUCUAUUUCAUUUAGAGGCGAGAAGUAGAUGAAUAGCAGGGGAAAACUUCUAGAAUCAGACACUUAAUUGUUUCCGUUUAUCAGACAAAAAAAGAACUUUUAGGUUCGAAUCAUCCGGUGUAAUCCUAAUCUUAAUCAGGCAGAAAUAGAAUCGUGGCAGACAACUUUAGCAGUUUAGCAGAAUAUUAGCAGAUGAAGUUUUGAAGUUUUAGUUGCACAGCAGAUUUACAGCAAAACUCAGACUCAAGAAUCCUAGUAGAACAGAUCAGACAAAAAACGAUUUAGCAGGUUUCGAACUCGACGUCCAGAUAGUUUUCCACUAUCGACGAGCAGAAUACAGCAAAUUGCACAGAGAAAAAAAUCAGACAAGGUUUCCUCUAUAGUUUAAGUUUUUCAGAACGCGAGCCGUUCCUUGAAGUUAAUGCCCCUAGUAGUAUUCAACUUGUAAAACUUUCACUAUGUUGUGAUUACAGAUACGAGCACAACGCGAUUCACCUACGUUGUUUUUCAGUAUUACGCCGACGUAUGCUAGCAGACUGCAACAAAAUGCGCUCGUGAUCGUAGGAGUUACCUUUAUCCAAGGGAGCUGCACGACUCGGGCCAAGUAGUGCUAUUGAAAUUUCUUAUACUGAAAAUCAUUCCAGGUUUAUUCGCCUCGUGUCUGAAAUGUAACUCAGUUAUUGCGCUAGUCGGCAAAAACCUCUAGUCUAGUACUUCUCAGGCUACAGACAGCGCGUGAUGUUUUACUUCAUUUGAGCUCCGUUUAUUAUCAGCUGCACUACUUCUAAAGUACUACAGUUUUCUCCUUGUAAAUUUCGAAAGCAGUACUCUGUACAGGCAGUCGUGGGUUAUCAAUAGACUCUUCGUUAUUCCAGAGACAGACAUCGAGGAUAGAGGCAAUCGCAACAGCAAAAGAACGAAGCUCUGCACCCUAAUAACCUUUUGGUCGAGCAGCGCGCAAUUGAGUUACGGGGCGAAAAGGAAAAGAACUACAUGUUUGAAGAUCAAUUGCGAUUCAAAACAAAAAGCGUCAACAGCAAGCGAAUAUCCCCGUCUAUGUCAGAAGGAUGAAGAAAAUGUCCAAAAUAUCCCGCAAAACAAAGUAAAGCCUCACCUUAGCUGGAAAGCCUCGCGCGU